AUGUCAGCCAUUGGGAGUGUAUUCUUGGGAGAUUGGCAGCGACACCGUAUAAUCUCUUCCACGCCUCCGCCAUCAUCACCUCCGCCCAGCCAACUUGUACAUCAAAUGAGCGUCGCAUCUGCCUCGCAAUCACUCGAGGAACUCAUGGAACCUUUGGAUGAUGUCCAAUCAGAGCUAUCCGCUGAACAGCCAACUGCUACUGUAACACCUUUAACACAACUCGAACCAUCAACCGCACCUCCCGCCAUAGAUCCCGCCCUAUCACUAGAACUAAGACUCCGCUGGCUCGAAGCGCUACUCCUAGGCGUACGGCAGGAUGCGCGGGAUCGUAAAGGGAAGGAUAAAGUGCCAGAGCUCAAGCACGGUGAAACCCUCAUUCGCUUAGCAGAGGACGUACAACGGCGCCUGGACAACGUCAUACAAUCCAACGACGGUCUUCAGAGGUUCAUGAGUAAAUAUGACCUACAUGCCCAUCUACUAACUGCAGCAUUCGCUCUGUCAGGGGUGCUCCCUGGCCCAGCACCGACAUACGAAAACAUGUCCCCAGAAGAACUAGAAGCGCUCCUGGUAGAGAUGGAGCCAGAAAUCCGAGCUGUGGAUAGGGACAUGCGCGAGAUCGAGAUACUAGAGCAGAAAGGCGUGACAGCAGCUGGAAAGCUCGCAGACUAUGAAACCUUGCAGCCUCGUUUGGACGCGCUUUUGAAAGCGCACCAGGAGGAUAUUAGAUUAGCUGCGUCGUUGGAGAAGCGAAUAGCAGCUCUUGUUGACAGACAUGCUACUCAUGUGGAUGCACUGUCUGAACUUUUCGUAGCAUGGGACGACGUCCUCACCGAAACCGAAAAUAAAGUCAUAAAGCUCGAACGUGAUCGCGAAGAGCGCCAACGACUAGGCUAUGAAUAG